AUGGGCUUCAAAGAUUUCCUCCAGGGCAAGUCUCUCCGAGCGAGAAAUGAUGUAAGGACAAGCGCAGCAAAACUGACGUUGAGACAAUCUCUGUUUCCCAUUGUUCUCGUCACCACCCUAUUCUUUCUUUGGGGCUUCUCUUACGGCCUGCUGGAUACUCUAAACAAGCAUUUCCAGAACGUCCUUCACAUCACAAGAGCUAGGUCCGCUGGGCUCCAGGCUGCUUACUUUGGUGCCUAUCCUCUCGCGUCUCUUGGCCAUGCAGCCUGGAUCCUGCGUCACUGGGGAUACAAGGCGACAUUUGUCUGGGGCCUCUUUCUCUAUGGUCUCGGCUCUAUCAUCGCAAUCCCAUGCAUCAAGGCAGAGUCAUUUGGCGGAUUCUGCGCGGCCAUUUUCAUCAUCGGAAAUGGUCUCGGUUCCUUGGAAACGGCUGCCAAUCCAUACAUCACCGUCUGCGGUCCUCCCAAGUAUUCGGAAAUCCGCAUCAACCUUUCCCAGGCCUUCAACGGCGUUGGCACCGUGGUGGCUCCUUUGAUGGGCUCAUAUGUCUUCUUCAAGUUUAAAGACGACGCUGGUGAAGUUCAGGCGGAAUAUGUCUCCAAGCCAUUUAUUAAGCAAUACCCUCUCUUCCAUGCUGCAUUUGCUCAAUUCUGCUACGCAGGUGCCCAGGUUGCCGUCGCUAGUAUGUUUAUCAAUUAUGUCGUAGAAACGCGCCCCAACACCGACGACGCCCUCGGAGCGCAGUUUUUUGCAGGAGCUCAAGGUGCAUUUGCCAUCGGCCGUUUUGUUGGGGUGGCUUUGAUGCGCUUUGUAAAGCCACGAUUGGUUUUCCUGGCCUUCUUGACUUUCUGCAUCGUCUUCAUUGCCCCAGCAAUCAAGCAUACAGGGAACGCUGGUAUGGCGAUGCUGUUCAUCGUACUCUUCUUCGAGUCUAUCUGCUUCCCCACUAUAGUCGCGCUUGGCAUGCGAGGCCUCGGCCGCCAUAGCAAACGUGGCAGUGGAUGGAUUAUAGCUGGUGUGGCAGGCGGCGCUGCAGUUCCUCCACUGACAGGUGCGGUUGGCGAUCUCCAUGGCAUGGGUAUUGCCAUGGUCAUCCCAAUGACGUUCUUUGCUUUGGCUAUGACUUAUGCCCUGUCUGUCAACUUUGCCCCGAGGUACCGUGAUGUGGCUGAUGCUUUCACCAUCGCCGACAUUGGCACCGAGGGCGACACUAUAGAUGAAGAAAAGGUUAAGCAGCAAGGCGAGCAUACUGAAGUCGGCAUGGCGGCCACCAAAGCCGACUGA